AUGGAAUCCUUCGAAGACGUUCGCGUCAAAGUUUUGGGCUUCAUGGAGAAGGGUCAGCGAUGGGCAAUGGAAGAUACGUGUUCCAUGGAGAGUAUCGUUGGUAGCAGUGCGUCGCUUAUUGGCGUUUACGAUGGACAUGGUGGCAACUCAGCUGCCAUCUAUGUCAAAGAGAAGAUUGGCAGCCUCUUGGCUUCAAACCGAGAUUUCCAUCGCGGUAACUACGCAGAGAGCUUGCACCAGGUGUUCAUGGAGCUCGAGCGCUUGUUAAUCAGAAGGGGCACCAGUGGAACAACAGCAACAGUGGCUUUGAUCACCGCCACCAAAGUUUUUGUUGCAAGCGUUGGGGAUUCAUUUGCUAUGCUGCUGCAACAGGAUGGAACGUGGAUCAAACUCACGGAAGAUCACAAACACUCUUACCCAGGGGAGAUGGAUCGGGUUCGAAGAGCCGGAGGUUCCCUCACGGCUGACAAGUCUAUCGUUCAACAGGGCGUACACAUGUGGCAGCUUGCCAUGACAAGAUCAUUGGGAGAUCGAUGUUUCAAGUCUAACAAAAAGUUUGGAGCUGAAGAACAAGCUGUGAGCCCAGUUCCAGACAUUGUGGAGUUUGAGAUACCGCAAGGAUGUGGGUUUCUUGUGCUUGCUUCUGAUGGCGUGGAUAUGUUUUGCGCACAGUCGAAGAUGGAAAAGCUGCUGUUGGAGGAUGAGCUGAUGAGCAAGAAUAAAAAAUAUAUGCAAAGGGCCGCCAAGGAAUGUGGUAUGUUAAGUGAGUUUAAUAAGGACAACCAAACUUUAGUGGCGAUACAACUCAAGACUGCUGCUUGCUCCCCAGUGGAUAAGCUCACCAUGAACAGGUAUAGCUGGUAUACUAACUUUGGGAAAUUGGCCAUCAAAAAGGGCAAAUGGAUAAAGGCCGAAGGAUGCCAGAAGGUUAUGGUCUUUGGAUUUUUUGAUGGAGCGGAUGUUGUCUCGUCAACAACGCUAUUGACAGUUGCCCAUAACGGGAACUUGGAAGUAGCCUGA